AUGAUGCUCGUCCCAGAAACCAAAACACCACCGACAACAACCGAUAUAUAUCACCAUUCGGAAACAAUCUGGCGUGUCAUUAUUGAUAUUAUUACUCUCUCAGUUUUACUCACUGUAUCGGCUAUUUCACAUUUUCUGAUUCAACCAUUUACACGUGGUUUCUUUUGUUCGGAUACAACGAUAAGAUAUCCGUAUAAAGGUGAUACGGUUCCUAUCUAUGCAGCAAUUAUUCUAUCAAUUGGACUACCAAUUGUUUGGAUGUGGUCAACAGAAUUUGCUAAGCGAUUUUAUUUUAAUCGAUAUCCCAAACAAGUAUUUUUUACACGUUUAGAAUUUUGUGGUGAAAAAGUAACAACUAUCACACCAUUUGUUCGUAAUUUAUAUAUACUGACCGUUGUUUUUGCUUAUGGUUAUCUUUCUACAUGGGUUUUAACAGAAAUUACCAAGAAUUUUGUAGGUGAAUUAAGACCACAUUUUCUUGCGGUAUGUCAACCAUCGAUCGAUUGCUCAACUUUGACAACAAAUCAAUUUUAUUCGUAUUUACAAUUUGGAAUUAAUUACACAUGUUUAAACACUGAUUCUGGACUUGUGCGAGAUGCACGUCGAUCAUUCUUCAGUGGACACACUUCACCAGUCUUUUUUGGUUUCGGUUGGUUGGUUAUGUAUAUUCAUGUAUCAUGGUCAUGGCGUCAUCUUGGUAUUCUUGGUCAUAUAUUUCAAACAGGUCUUGCUAUACUUGGCUUGUAUAUUGGUUAUUCUCGUAUAUUUGAUUUUCAUCAUCAUUGGAAUGAUGUGUUAGUUGGUGGGAUAGUAGGUUCACUUGUGGCAUUCGUUUCAUUUAAAUUCAUACUCAAUUGGCGUCAUUAUGAUCCAGAUUUUUUACCGUAUGUCGUCUCAGAUAAAAAAGGGAAAGCGAAUUUACCAUUGGAUGGAGGUAUUCCUAUCAAUAUUUUACAUGGCACGCAUCGGAUUAGUCCAAACGAUGAUCUUGAAGCACACGGAUCCAAUCAGAAUUAUUAUAAUCGUGAUCGAAAUUAUGCGGAACAGGAUCAUCAAUUCUAA